AUGUUUCGUGCCCGCCGAUAUCGCGUCCUGACCGUCUUCGCGGCGGUCUUUCUCCUGACCUUGCUGCAUUUCUCCCGGUCGCGCGAUUGGAGAGAGGCUGCAAUCAUCGAGCGCCCCGCAGAGGAACACUGGUCGGCCGAUUCCAAUGUACCGACUCAACAGAAGCCCCCGACGCCGGAGGGUAACCUGGAGUACGCGCCGCCCUCGGUGUACCAACCAGCCAAACCGGCGGCUGGAUCGGGAACCUCUGGAUCGGGAACCGCUUCUUCCUCCGAGAAGGUUGCUUCGCCCAAGGUUGAUGCCCCGAAAACUGAGCCCUCAAAGGCCAAUUCUCCCAUCGCGCCAGAGUCCGAUUCGAACGCAGACAAGCCAAACAAGGGAGCCGGCACGGGCUCGUCCAGCGAUGCACCACUGACAAUGCCCAGCGACACGGAGAAGACGGCGCCUUCCACCCCACAGACCGAGCUGUCUUUAUCGGAGGAAUACGACGCGUCCUACCCCCUCAAUGAGGAGAUCGAUCACGGCGGCACUGGCCGCAUGUCCGCUCAAGAGCACCCGGGCGGCGGUCCUCGGGCGUAUUGGAAGAAAACCCCGGAUCGAUUCCCUGUGUCAGCUGCCCAAUUGAUCAAGUUGCCGAAGGAGCCAGCCAAGCAGAUCCCUCGGAUCCAGGCCAAGCCCAAGGAUGAGUCGAGCGCCGACAAGCAGGAGCGGCUGCAGCAAUUGAGCGCCAUCAAGGCCGAGUUCAAGCAUGCUUGGGACGGGUAUAAGAAGGCAGCUAUGGGCCACGACGAGGUCAAGCCGCUGACAGAAAUGUUCGAGGACCCGUUCAAUGGCUGGGGCGCCACGCUGGUGGACUCGCUGGACACACUCUGGAUCAUGGAAAUGAAAGAUGAGUUCGCCGAGGCAGUGGAUGCGGUCAAAAAGAUCGAUUUCACGACGUCGCCCCGUGAGGAUAUUCCCAUUUUUGAAACUGUUAUCCGUUAUUUGGGCGGUUUGUUGGGUGCGUAUGAUAUCUCUGGUCAGAGAUAUUCGAUUCUAUUGGAGAAGGCCCAGGAGCUGGCUGAGAUUCUUAUCGGUGCCUUUGACACACCGAAUCGUAUGCCUGUCUUAUAUUACCGUUGGACCCCCGAACACACUGUUCGACCGCAUCGGGCCUCAGCUAAAGCUGUACUGGCAGAGAUUGGAUCACUUUCUUUGGAGUUUACCCGGUUGGCCCAAUUGACCAAGGAAGACAAGUACUAUGAUGCAAUUGCACGCAUCACCAAUGAGCUUGAGAAGAUUCAAGAUAGCACAAACAUCCCUGGCUUAUGGCCCCUGCGAGUGAAUGCACAGGGCUGCUCGAGGUAUCACCCUACCCGCGAAGUUGGCACGCCUACCCAGGCAGUACUCGCUGGAAAACCUUCCCACAAUGCCACCGAGGCUGCUAGCGCGACGACCACGACCUGGCCCCACAAGCGGUACGCUGCACCGACUGAUUUGGAAAGCUAUCUGCGCUUGAUCGGCCGUGAUGACGAGAUUGAUUUCGAGAGCGCCGAGGCCGAACCUGCUCCUUACUACCAUGCCUCUACCCAGGAUAAAUCUUCAGCUGAAGGACAGGAACUUAUUGCGGAAAAAUGUGACGGAGGCCUGGAACUUCCUCUCUCGCUCCGGGAUAAUCGCUACGGCCUAGGAGGGCUGGCUGAUUCCACCUAUGAGUAUCUACCGAAAGAGUAUAUGCUGCUGGGUGGCUUGAACGAUCAGUACAAGAAGAUGUACAAGAAAGCAAUGGAUGCAGCCCGGAGGACUCUCCUCUUCCAGCCGAUGGUCAAGGGAAAGCAUGACCUGCGGUUCAUGGCAACGACUGGCUCCCUCGAUCCUUCAAAGCCAGGCAACAUUCCUUCCAGUAAGCUGGAGUACGAGGGCACCCACCUCACCUGCUUCCUUGGCGGCAUGGUUGCCAUGGGCGCGAAGGCCUUCAACAUCGAUGGUGACCUUGAUCUCGCGACCAAGCUGACGGACGGCUGUGUGUGGGCAUAUGGAGCGACCAACACCGGCAUCAUGCCCGAGAAAUUCCGCCUGUUGCCAUGCAGCAAGGACACCUCUUGUGAAUGGGACGAGAAGCUCUACCAAGCCGACGUGAAGCGCUAUUCCCACGUUCGAGACAGCGAGGCCGAGGCCCGAUUCCGCACAGGCGAGAGCGCUUAUGGUCAGCGUGUGAGGCUGAAUGCAGAUAACAAACCACAAGGGUCUAGCGAGGAUAGUAUGGUCGUGCCUCUGCCCAUGCCUGGAUCCACGAACCCGCACGACUACGAGCCGGCGGUCUACAAGCGCGACAGCUUUGCGGUUGGACGCGCCGGUGCAGCCCCCAGCGCGACACCCCUGAGUAAGGUGGCCGAUACAGAGACCAUUGAGGACCGUGACAGCCCCCGCCCGCCAUUCGUAUCGCAGGCCGAGGGUAACGAGAUCAACGACCGACUCCCGGCCGGCAUGACCAGCAUCUCAGCACCGGAGUACCUGCUCCGACCCGAAGCCAUCGAGUCUGUCUUUAUCAUGUUCCGGGUGACCGGCGACGACGCCUGGCGGAAGAAGGGCUGGACAAUGUUCCAGGCCAUCGCGAAACAUACACGCACCAACCUGGCGCACGCGGCUAUUAAGGAUGUCACGUCGCCCAAGCCAUCGCAGAAGGAUUCAAUGGAGUCGUUCUGGACGGCCGAGACGCUGAAGUAUUUCUACCUACUCUUCAGCGACCCAAGUGUUGUGGACCUGGACAAAUAUGUGCUAAACACCGAAGCGCAUCCUCUCCAGCGUCCGAUUUCAUGA